UUUUUAUUUUUUUUUCCAAAAAAACACUAAACCAUUGUAAAGCAGAUUGAUGCACAAUAUAACAGAAAGAGCGUAUUAUUUUAUUGAACAUCACUUAGGACUGGAAUUUGCCUCUGUGGCGCUUUUGUCUCUGGCGUUGGCGCCUAUUUUAGCAGGCUCUUAUUGUUCAGUAAAGACAUUAGAGAAUCCAUUUGAGAAAACUCCAUCAGCAACAAUACACCAGAAAGCAACUCACCCCAGAAGCAGUAGUAGUCAGUUACGAAGAAGUACAAGAUCUCGCAGCGUCCAUUAUGAACACGAUGAAUCCUACUCUUCCUCCUCGUCGUCAUCCGAUGAUUCAACUAUUGUAGACGUAUCAGAAAAUGGUUACAUACCAACCAAGGAUGUCUCUAAAGUCAUUACACUGAAAGACGCUUGGAUAUUUCCCCUUAUCGCUUCAGCUUUUGUUUAUGGCUUUGAAAACUUAAUUGAUGUAGUCGAUCCAGAGUAUAUUAACCAAGGCAUGAAGAUUUUGACCUCAGCUUUAUUCUGCACAGUUUUCUCUAGCACUACGGUGGCCUUGUUAAAAAACAUUCUACCAGCUAAUGUAUACAACUAUUUUGGCCGAUUCAAGUUUAGUUAUAGCACAAAGAGUAAAAGAUUAUGUCAUUUGAAUGUCACCGUUAGUUAUCUUAUUGUUUUGGCAGUCUCCGUCGGAUUAGCAGCUGUCUACAGUUAUAGUCAGCAUUGGAUACUUCGUAACGUCUUUGCCAUGUGUGUAGCCGUAUAUGCCAUUCGUUCCUUCACUUUGGAAUCAUUUGCCACUGGUUAUUCUUUACUCAUUGGUAUGCUUGUCUACGAUUUCUACUGGAUUUUUGUCACAGAUGCUUUAUUCCAACUUUCCAAUGCUCUCCGUGACGCCCCUACAAGCAUCGUUUGGCCCAGAAAUAUCAACAUGUAUAUCUUUGAUACUUUGUUAAAGAAGGAUCUUUACUUUACAAUGUUUGGUUUAGGCGAGAUCAUCGUGCCCGGCAUUUUCAUUGCUUACUGUUUAAGAUUUGACCGUUUGAAUUCAUUUGCCAAACAACAAAAGAACAACCACAAGCGCCAUGUUCUUCCAUAUCCUAUGCCAUACUUUUUCACUUCACUUACGUCCUACAUUAUUGGCGCUGCUGCUUCUAUUUAUUCUGUACAUUUUACCAAACAACCACAAUCUGCCUUCCUGUUCGUCGCUCCCAUCAUGAUCGGCUCUAUCCUCCUAUUGGCUACCAUUCGCGGUGAGUUUGUUGAAAUUUGGGAUUAUGCUUCUGUCUUGGAUACUAUCAGCCAUUUUGGCGGUUAUGCUGCUCAUGAUGACGGUAGGCAGUCUCGUCAAUUCAAAGGUGCUCGUCGCAGAAGCCUUAGCAAAGAAUACAAUCGUCAAAGAAGCAGUCAUCGUCGCAGCAGUGAUGAAACAUUAGUGGGGGUGGUAGACAAUGUGAUUGAAGAGACAAGCAAAACCGUUCAGCCUUAUGUGGAGGACGCAUACGAAGGCACCAAGCGCGUAGUGACGCCUUAUGUAGAUGAAGCUAUCAAAAACACAAAGCGGGCUAUCCACGAUGCUGCAACCUUUGUUCAACAAGAAACAACAAUUGAAGAAGACGUCGUUGAAGAACAUGAAAAGCGUCGACGUGCUACCCGUAGCCGCGGACGUAGACCAUCCAAGUCCGUCAGCACAAGUAGAAGAGGCAGAGGUACCAGUCGAGUGCGUUAAAACAAAAAUCCAAAGCGAUUUGUCAUAAAGAAAGAAAUAUCUUCAUCUCACUAUCCCUUACUCGUAUUUUUUAAUAACACUUUUCAUCCAUUCCUUCCCGUUCUUAUUUACUUGAUAUACUUAUUCCUCAGAUUCUUUUUUAUUUGCUUCUAAUUGUUUUCAUAAAUGUAUGAAUAAAACCACCCAAAAGAAUGGUUAAAAAUUGCAGGUA